UUGACAUUUCUUUAUUUCUAAUAUCAUAAACAAAAAAGAGAAAUCGUAAACCUAUUUAAAAAGAAGAUUGCUUAGUUUUAGUUCAUGGUUGAACACAUUUUUUGAAAACUUCUAACAAGAAAUGCCAUGUGAAAUUCUGACGUGUGCAGGUUCUUGUUCUCUGUUGAUAUUAACAUGUACUGUGUGCUACAUUGGGUUUGUUAUUGUUGUUCUGUGAAAAGUUUCCAAAGCCAGUCAGUGGAGGUGUUGGGGGUGAGGGGGGGCAGCUGCCUGUAAGACUGCGCUGAGGGAAACACACAGAAGCUUUUGAUUUAUGUGACCGCAUUUUCAUAAGGUGAUUACAACGUGCUCAGCUCGCUCAGCCAUGGCUUCUGACGAACCCAAAGCAAAGAAAGCUAAACUUUCCGAGGAGGAAAAGACUGAGUCUCCGCCUAAAAAGUCUCCGCAUAAAAAGUCUCCGGCCAAACUAACUCCUAAUCUGCUCUUUGGGAUGGGAAACCCUUUACUGGACAUCUCUGCUGUUGUGGAUAAAGACUUCUUGGAUAAGUACACUCUGAAGCCCAACGAUCAGAUCCUGGCUGAGGACAAGCACAAAGCACUAUUCGAGGAGAUCGUGAAGAAGUUCAAAGUUGAGUACCACGCUGGCGGAGCCACCCAGAACUCCAUUAAGAUCGCCCAGUGGAUGAUCCAACAGCCCCCCAAGGUGGGCACGUUCUUUGGCUGCAUCGGCAAGGACAAGUUUGGGGAAAUUCUGAAGCAAAAGGCUGAGGAGUCCUCCGUCGACGCUCACUACUACGAACAAGGUGAAGAGCCCACAGGGACAUGUGCGGCUUGCAUCACCGGAGAGAACAGGUCACUGGUGGCCAACCUAGCCGCAGCAAACUGUUACAAGAAGGAAAAACAUCUAGAUCUGGAGGAGAACUGGAAGCUGGUGGAAAAAGCUAAAGUCUAUUAUAUUGCUGGUUUCUUUUUGACCGUGUCUGUGGAGUCCAUCCUGAAAGUUGCAAAGCACGCCUCUGAAAACAACAAGUUGUUCUGCAUCAACCUCUCUGCUCCCUUCAUCUGCCAGUUCUUCAAGGACAACCUCAUGCAGGUCAUGCCUUACGUCGACGUGCUGUUCGGCAAUGAGACGGAGGCGUCUGCUUUUGCUAAAGAACAAGACUUUGGGACCAAGGACAUUAAGGAGAUUGCCAAGAAAGCGCAGGCUUUGCCUAAAGUCAACACUAAGAGACACAGGAUUGUGGUGUUGACGCAGGGAAAGGAUGAAACGAUCAUGGCUCUAAGUGAUAAGAUUGAGACUUUCCCCGUGUUGAAGAUCGACCCCAAGGACAUUGUUGACACAAACGGUGCAGGCGACGCUUUUGUAGGAGGUUUCCUGUCUGGCCUUGUCCAAGAGAAGCCUCUGGAUCAGUGCGUGAAGGCGGCCCACUAUUCCGCCAACGUCAUCAUCAGACGAGCAGGUUGCACCUUCCCAGAAAAACCAGAUUUCAAGUGAGGAGCCCCAGAGAACUUUUUCUCCAGCCCGAAACCUCAAAUCACACUGCCGCCUCAAAUCUGAACUUUUUUUUUUUUCUUAAUCAGCCAUCUGUCCAUACCAUCAUUUAUUUAAAGUGCAUCUUUUUGUAGACCUUGGUACCUGGCUUUUCCUGUUUGCGUAUUUUCCACCAGGGGUCAGUAGAGGAUCAUGCAGUCAACAAAAAAAAGUGUUGCUUAUCUAAAAUUGGCCCUAAAAGUAGUAUAACAUCAGGGAGAGAUAUAGCUUUGCUUUUAAUAAGGGAUCUACAUGUAAAAGUCUUUUUAGUUCAAACAUUUGUGUUCGAUCUGGGGUUUGGCUGACAUCCAUCAGAUUCUGCUGCAGCACACUGUUGUUGCUGCCCCUGAAAGACGAGCACAAAAGACGAGACAAAACCCCAAAGUCGCAUGCUUUUAUGAUUCUUGCACUGAAAGUGCAAAUGGAAUGGGAUUAUGUUGGAAUUUUUUUUCUUGAUUACAUAGGCCAGUUUUUAAACCAAAUACUGUAUUUUUUGUGUCUUGAGUCACACCUUUCAAAGGUGUCAAAGCCUCUGUCCACUUUGUCAUGCUUGAACGGUUAAAUGUUCUCUCUCAGUAAUAUUUAGAGGCUGUCGUCCAGUGGCCUCGUUCUUUCUGCUGAUGUAUAAAAUAUCAAGUUUGAGGAUUUGGGGAGAAGAUGUCUCCAGGUUUUAUGUGAUCCUGCAUUUCUCCGUGGUGAACCCUACAAGACCUGUGAUACAUAAGUGCUGGUUUAUAGGGACCCACAUAGAUGCUGGACAUAUUGGAAAUAGGUUGCUGGUUAUGUAGGAAAGACCAUCUGGAAGAUCUGUCAAUAGGCAUUGUCUGCCUUCUCUUUUCUUUUAUUUUACUCACCUCCUAAGGUGGCCUUUGUCAAUUUUGAAAAAUUACAUGUAAAUGAAGUAGCAAAAUGUCUUAUCACCUUAUCAAAUUUUGAUGUUUUUGUUGGGGUGUAAUCCCGGCUACAAAAAAUAGAUGCAGCAAAAAAUAGAGGAGGAAAAGAAAUGCAUAACAUUGAUUAUGGGGCCAAACAUUUAAGAAUAUCUGUAUUACCAUAGGUUUUCCGAAUGUUGUGUCAUAGAAAAAACAAAACUACUUGAAUAUAGUAACACUAAUUAUGGAUAUAGUUAAAUUAUUCAUGAGGGGGAGGUAUGUUAAAUUCAGGAUAAUACAAGACAUGUUUUGAAUAUUGCUCAUACUAAAAUGUCC